AUGGAUAAAGUCCUCAGGCCCGAGAGAUUCAGCGCCGAUCCAAGCACGUCUGGAGCAUCAAAAUCGUGGAUUCACUGGCGUCGAACCUUCGAAAAUUUCCUCGCCGUAUUGACGGAAGAAGGCCUCGAUAAAUUUGGAGUCCUGACAAAUUUUAUUUCGCCUGCGGUAUUCGAAUAUGUAGAAGAAUGUGCCGACUACGAAUCUGCAAUCGAAACUCUUCAAAAUAUUUUCGUGAAGCCGACGAACGAAAUCCACGCCAGACACGUGCUCGCUACCAGACGACAACAGGUUGGUGAAACUCUAGACGAAUAUCUUCAAGCGCUCAAAACUCUCGCCAAAGACUGCAACUUUCAAUCUGUCACCGCUGCCAAAUAUUGUGAGGAAUAUAUACGGGAUGCUUUCAUUACUGGGCUACAUUCUAACCAAAUACGCCAAAGGCUACUAGAAAACAAAACUCUAGAUCUGAAAACGAUGUUUGACCAGGCCAGGGCGCUCGACUCUGCCAUGCGCAGUUCAGAGAGUUACUCUGUCCCUCAACCUGUCAGCGUUGCAGCCUCAGCACAAGAAAUGACCGCUCAGAAUCCAAUCCAAGUCGACUCUGCUCAGUCAGACUCCACACUCGCUGCAAUUGAUUCAAAGUGCUUCUUCUGUGGAAAUCCUAAACACCCUCGAAGCGAAGUUUCAGCUGCUCUCUGGCCACCUACUCUUGCCACCGUAGGAAUUCCCCAAUCUCUUAAAGGAUCAACUGCUACUGUUGUUGUCAACAAGGUCUGGAGUGUAGAAGCACUCUUUGACAGCGGAAGCAGUGAAAGCUACAUACAUCCAAGCCUCGUUGAAGUAGCUGCUAUCUCUGUUAACCCUUCGGUCAGCCAGGUCUCCAUGGCAACAUCUUUGUUAAGUACAAAGACCGAGGGCUCUUGCUCUGUUACUAUUAACUACCAAGGUCAAACUUAUAAAGACUUUCGCCUGUUGGUUAUGCCAGGGCUUUGCUCUGAUCUGAUUUUAGGACUCGAUUUUCAGUCUCAACAUGAUAGUGUCACAUUCAAGUAUGGCGGAACAAAACUGCCGCUGUCGGUAUGCAGUCUCACUACUCUGAACAUAGAGCCGCCAUCACCAUUUUCAAACCUCACUGCCGACUGCCAUCCUAUUGCUACAAAGUCCAGGCGCUACAGCAAAGGAGACCUGAACUUCAUUGGCAAUGAAGUAGAACGGUUGCUCAAGGAAGGCAUUAUUGAGCCAAGCCGGUCCCCUUGGCGGGCACAAGUAGUUGUCACAAAGGAUGAAAAUCACAAGAAACGCCUAGCUAUUGAUUAUUCCCAGACAAUCAAUAGAUUCACCCAACUAGAUGCUUUCCCGCUGCCGAGGAUCAGUGAUACGAUCAACGAAAUAGCUCAGUACAAAGUGUUCAGUACCCUUGACCUCCAGAGUGCGUAUCAUCAAAUACCUUUAAGAGAAGAUGACAAGCCUUACACUGCGUUUGAAGCUAAAGGUGGGCUUUAUCAGUUUACCAGGCUUCCUUUCGGUGUAACCAACGGUGUAGCCUGCUUCCAAAGAGAAAUGAUGAGAUUUGUUGAAGAUAACCACUUGAAAGCUGUGUUUCCAUACAUCGACAACAUAACUGUAUGUGGAAAGGAUCAAGCUGACCAUGAUGCUAACCUCAUAUUAUUCCAGGAGGCUUCUCAAAAGGCGAAUCUUAAAUUCAACGACAGCAAAAGCGUCUUCUCUGCUCAACGACUGCCGUUACUGGGAUAUGUCAUUGAAAAUGGUUCUAUUAGUCCAGACCCCGAAAGAUUAAGGCCUCUACUGGAGCUCCCACUGCCGCAAAGCUCAAAGGCUCUUAAUAGAUGUCUGGGACUUUUCUCUUACUAUUCUCAAUGGGUUCCUUGUUUCGCCGACAGAAUUAAACCCAUAACCAGCUGUAGAUCAUUUCCUUUAUCUUCUGAAGCACAGAAAGCAUUUGAAGACUUAAAGAGGAUCAUUGCCAAAGCUGCUGUCUCUGCCAUAGACGAGAGUAUUCCAUUUGAGGUGGAAACAGACGCCUCAGAUGUAGCGCUAGCCGCUACCCUAAAUCAGAAGGGCAGACCUGUAGCCUUUUUCUCCCGCACCCUUCAAGGUAGUGAACUGAAACACUCUGCUGUAGAAAAGGAGGCUCAAGCAAUAGUUGAGUCGGUCAGGCACUGGAGACAUUUUCUCACCGGGUCCCACUUCACUCUAAAAACGGACCAAAAGUCAGUUUCCUACAUGUUCAACCAGCGUCAUCAAGGAAAGAUUAAGAAUGACAAGAUAAUGCGCUGGAGGAUUGAACUGAGUUGCUAUAGCUUUGACAUAGAGUAUCGACCAGGCAGAGAUAAUGUAGCACCGGAUACCUUCUCACGAGCCACGUGUGCUUCUAGCGUCAGUGAUGCUCUCUACAAGCUCCAUGAUUCGCUCUGUCACCCUGGGAUUACCCGAUUAUGGCAUUUUAUUCGAGUCAAGAACUUGCCUUAUUCUCUAGAAGAUGUUAGGAGGACUGUGAACUCCUGUCCAAUCUGUUGUGAAUGUAAACCGGUAUUCCACCGCCCGGACCCAGUUCAACUUAUAAAAGCUACCCAACCCUUUGAACGAAUCAACAUUGACUUUAAAGGGCCACUUCCUUCCAACGACAAGAACAAAUACUUCCUGAAUGUUGUUGAUGAGUUUUCACGGUUCCCGUUCGUUUUCCCUUGCCCUGAUGUGUCUACUCCGACCGUUAUAAAGUGUCUCACCACAUUGUUUUCUCUAUUUGGUAUGCCUGCCUAUGUGCAUUCUGACAGAGGGGCUUCGUUUAUGAGUCAAGAGUUACGGGAAUUCCUCUCUAGCAAAGGUGUAUCUACAAGUCGUACAACCAGUUAUAACCCCACAUGUAAUGGUCAAGUUGAGAGGUACAAUGGCACUGUAUGGGAGGCGAUUACAACGUCUCUUAAGUCAAAGAAGCUUCAGGCAGAACAGUGGCAAUUGGUCCUGCCAGAUGUGUUGCACUCGAUCCGUUCUCUUCUGUGCACCGCAACGAAUGAGACUCCGCAUGAACGUUUCCUGAACUUUUCACGCCGUUCAUCCACAGGUAGUUCGAUCCCCUCUUGGCUGGCUGAACCUGGCCCUGUUUAUGUAAAGCGUCAUGUACGACACAGUAAGUUUGAUCCUCUGGUUGAAAAAGCUGAUGUUCUCCAGACCAAUACUCACUACGCUCACGUUCGUUACCCUAAUGGCAGAGAAACAACAGUUUCAACCAAGAAUCUUGCUCCUUGUGGUCAAGUGGAACUUCUAGAACCACCCUCUUCAAUCCAGCUCCCAGUCGUUAAACCCAAUAUUUCUAGUGAGUUUUCUCCCGUCAACGAUCAUCAUGUUGAUAAGACGCAAGAACCAACUAAAGAACCAGAACCCACAGAAUUGAGGAGAUCACAGCGAGAGCGCCGCCCUGUAGAUAGGCUCAAUUUAUAG